UUUCCUGUGCAAGUCAUUGUCAUCACUUAUACAAAACAGGUUGAACUCCAACCUCACCAUGGUCAGUUACUGUCCAAUUUGUGGGAAGCCUGUCUACUUCGGUGAAAAGAAGCGUUCUCUAGGACGUGACUACCAUCCUCUCUGCCUCAAGUGCCAAAAGUGCAAGAGACAGCUCACAGCUGGACAACAUGCAGAGCAUGAUGAGAAGCCAUACUGUUCAAUUUGCUAUAUGAGGCAGUUUGGUCCCAGAGGGAGCAAACCUAUGUUCUGCCCCAGUGCUGCCUCAUAGAAGUCCUGAGAAACACCACUCUGCAUCCAUCCACCUAAAGGCACUGGCUGGAUUACGUAGUCUCUUUCAGAAUUGAUACACAAGGAAAGGAUCCACAACUGACUCACUCAAAAGAAUCAGCAACUUCUCCAAGACAAAACGGCCGUCCAAAAUAAACUGUAAUGUUCAUGUUUUAAAAAGCAGCAACCACGCACUCAACAUUAACACUGAGUGGAAGGCUAACACUUUUAACUUCAAGAGGUGGAUUUACAUGGACACUUCAUUCAUCAUAACACACAGACUCUCUCUCUCUCUCUCUCUCUCACUCUCUCUCAUGCUCUCUCUCUCUCUCUCUCUCUCUCUCUCACUGUGUGCGUAUGUGGAAAAAUUGUUGUAAAAAGAUAAGUUGUUUUAAAAUGCUAUAGGCUACACUAGGCAACUAAACCCUGUACUGAAAUAUUCUUAAAGUUAUUUGUUUUAAACACAAAAUAAUCUAUUCUUAAUUAGUGUUUUGAGUGAAGACUUUCUAUCAAAGAUUGGCUCAGACCACAAGUGCAUCAAUGGUACCCAUACAAUGUUAUGAACUUGCCGAUUGUAAAUUAAUUGUUUUUAAUACUUUGAUUUCUAUAGGUCAAUUAUUGCUGAUGUUGUUGAUUGCGCAUACUACACAUUACAGACACAUAAAAACACAUGCAUACAUACAAGUUCAUGUUCAUGCAUGCUCACACAAAAGAUGUUAUUUAUUUUAACGAAAACCUGCUAAGGCUACAUGUGUGUGUAACUAAUGAAAUAAAUGAUAGAUGUGUUGCCA